GUUGCAUCCGACUACUGUGACAUAACCCACAUGGCCGCGUACACGGUAAGGUCCCUCAGCAGGCGAGGCCUUUCGGCCGUAGUGGGGAGUGUGCUCGGAUAAGCUCGUGGUCGUGGUUGAAGUCGAGGAAAGAGACGGAGCUUGUCGGUGUGGUUCGCGAUCUUCGCUGCUUUCUCGGAUCCAUUCUGGAAAGCUUAGGCCUGGCGCUAGUUUGCAUUCAGGAGGCCCAUGCCAUUAGCAACAAAAAUGUGGCACGAAGCAAGGAAACAAGAGAAGAAGAUACGGACUAUGAUAGUAGAUUAUCGCAAGAGAGCUGAGAGGAGAAGGGAAUUUUACGAAAAAACGAAACAAGAUCCUACAACAUUUUUGCAAGUUCAUGGCCGUCCAUGCAAACUCUAUAUUGACAAUGGAUCUGCUGAUUCUAGCAUGAUGCCAUGGCAAGGAGAUUCAGAGGUUUUAAUUGACCGCUUUGAUGGCAGAGCUCACCUUGAUUACAUUCCUGAGCAUAAGUCAUCUCCAGAUGUUUUGCCUCCAACUGAACUAGAAGAGCGACAGGCCAAUUAUGAGCGCUAUCGGAUUCUUGUUCAGAAUGAAUUCUUGGGUGUGGCUGAGGAGAAGUACCUACAGCAAAUAUACCUUGAAGAAAAGUUUGGUGUGAUUCCCAAGACUGGAGAGGAGGAGAAGAAAAAGCAGCUUGCAGAUAAGAGAGCAGCCAUUCCAUAUAAUUAUGAUGAGGGCCCACCUGGUCCCACCCCCAAAGAUUCUACUUUGCCAUCAUCAUCUUCCAAAGAGCAGAAUGGAGAUGAAGAUGAUUCAGACCUCAGUGAUAUUGAUCUCGAUAUAUGCAUUGAUGUGACACAACUAGUCACAGACCAGUGUGAAGAGAUGAAUGGCCAAGCCCACAACUAUGCAGCAAGGGAGAGCCCGACCUAUGACCCCUACAAUGCAAUUCGUAGCAUUGACCGCAGUUCUCAUUCACGUUCCCGCUCCCGUUCCAACUCUCCCAGUCAGAAGGCUGGUGCAGUGACUUUCAUCACCAGCUUUGGUGGAGAGGAGUCAGAUGCAUCGGAUGCAGGUGGCCCAGCCCGGGGGCCCUCGUUCAGUCGUGUUAAAGUGGACUCACGAAGCCGGUCUAGGUCUGGUUCCAGAGCAGGGAAGUCUAGGUCAAAGUCCAAGUCUCCUUCACCUCAUACAGCCAAACUACCCAGCCCUCCACGUAGACGAUAUUAUGGCCGCAAGAAAGAAGAGGCAUCUUCGAGUGACCUCUCUGUCUCUGAAGAUGAGGGACCUGCCAGUAAAGAGAAACCAGCUUCCACAUCAAAGCCUGUCCCUAAGGUUCCUGGUCCCUCUGUGAGUAAUGCUGGAGCUGCAUCCAAAGUUGGAAGCAAAAUGACACCUCAAGAGCGCCUGCGGCGUAAAAUGCAGCUACAAUUGAAGAGGCAAUAUAAGGCAGACAAAAGAGCUGAACUGGAGAAGGAAGAAAAGCGGAUGCAGGAGUUGCAGGAUCGACAAGAGGAGAUGCGUGAGAUGGCACUCCGUCUCAAAAAGCGGAGGAAGUCCCGUUCCCCAUCCCGAUCUUCGUCGAGGUCCCGCUCCAGAUCCCCUCGAUUCAAGCUUGUUGAUUACUGAACUCUACUCUUUCACGGUGGCUGAAAUGAAUUUUGCAUGGAUUCGAGCGAGGGCAUGCGAAUGUAUGUAUGUUUACGACAACCUGUUGUCUGACAGACACGUGUCCAACUUCUUUACUCGAUAUGGAAAAUAUGAGCCACUCAUUUUUUUUAGCAUUCCUUGUGAUUUGUAAUUUUCUCAUGGUAAUUUCAAUAUUGAAUCGUCAUUUGGGUGGGUGUCUGUCCGAGAUCAGCGUUGCUCCUCCAUCCAGUGGUCUUCUGCAUACUUAUGUUCACUUAUGUUUGCUUCAGUUUCCUUGUGAAUAAAAGGGG